CUCAUUCUGUUCUCGGUUCUCAGCCAGGUUGCAUGGUUGAAGUUCUAUCAAAAUUUGAGAAGUCAACUCCCAGUUCAGAGAAGGAAGUAGUGAGCCAUCGCAAUGUCCUCAAUGCAGAUUCGAAACUGGAUUGAUCAACUGCGCGAUCUGGCCACUUCACCCGCCGCAGUCAUUGUGAUUUGUGGUGUAAUGGCUUAUGUGGCUUAUACCAAGACCAGACGCCGCCAUGUGACCUAUGACGAUGAGGAUUACAAGAUUGAAGGACACGAGAAUCAACCUAUUCCUUUGAAGGGACUAGAACUUACUCGAAAGCAGCUGGCUGAAUAUGUGCAAUCGGACGAUAAGACGUAUCUGGUGGCCCUAGACGAUGUGAUUUAUGAUGUUUCGAGUGGCGCUAAAGACUUUGGACCUGGAUGCAAGCAUGCCCUGCUCCCGGGAACCGAAACCUGGAUGCAAGCAUGCCCUGCUCCGGGAACCGAAAUAUCCGGUUAUGUGAUGAAAGAAUCGAAACAGAAGGGCCGUGAUUAUGAAACCGGUUUGAAUGAAUGGCGUAUGAUGCUGGAGGAUAUGUUCUAUCCCGCUGGGAAGCUUAUCAACGAUGCCAACACAACAAUGGACCCAAUACCCAGGGAAAUCGAUGAAAUCGAAGAUUCAGAUACAGUUUGCUGGAUGACGUUGAAGUGGGAAUAG